CCCCGAUUGAACGCUUUGCAUACAGUUGCGUAUUCCCAGGAAAUGUCUUGUAUAUAUAAUGAAACAUAUUUGGAGUGCUAGAAGUACUAUUUCACGACUGAGAGACGGAGCUCUUAUGCUGAAUUCGAUGUUCUCAAGAAACUAUUUGUCAGCUAUCAAUGUUUACUGCAUGAGAUAUAGUAUAUACUUAUAUUCACCACUUGAAACGGAUUGAGAGGGCAUGAAACAAUUAGAAAUAAUAUAAAUAUUUAUACUAAAUAAUACUGUAUAUACUUGUAACUAUAUAAUGUAAUUCACCUAUGGUGUGAAUUUAUAUAUUUUUAUUACAUUGAAAUACAUUGAAAAUAUACAUAGAGAAAAAUAGUAUAUACAGUUGUGUUUAUGAGGGUAUGAGGAAAUGGCUUGUAAUCUUAUUUUUUAUUUUUCUUUCAGGUAUGAAGAAGACUUUCCUGAUCUCGUUCCAAGUGUUGGCAAUGCUGGUGGUGCUGGUGGCGAUGACGAAGAUGACACUGAGAUGUUGACUCUCCCAGAAAAUGACGAUGCCAGUGCUGAUGAUGAAGAUGAUGACUACAUUCCUGGUGCUGAGAUUGGUACCAGCAGUCCAGUUUGUGGUAGUGGUAAGCAGGCUGGGAUUCCCCGCGGUACAACAAGUCGUAGAGGCCCGGCUAGGGGAAGGGGCCAGGCUAGGGGAAGGGGCCAGGCUAGGGGAAGGGGCCAGGCUAGGGGAAGGGGCCGAGGAAGGUGCAGGGGUACGGCCGAAGCUGGGGUUCCUGUCCAAGGGGGUGAACAGACCUGGAAGAGCUAUGGGGACCCUGAUGUUGGAAAUGACAUUCCACCAUUUCAGCCAACCCGCCCACCCGGAUUACACUUUGAUCAGCGCACACUAAAACGAACCAUGACCACGGCUAGUGAGUUCUUUCAUCUUUUUUUUAGUGCAGAAAUGUUAGCUAGUAUAGUAACUCAUACAAACACAUACGCUUACAAUAACAUUGCAUCAGGUACACACCAUACCUACACAAUGGCUGACGGUAGUUGGAAAGAAACCACCCCUGAAGAGAUAGAUAGACUAAUUGCUCUUCUUCUUUAUUUUGGUUUAGUGCGGGUAAGUACACAGUUUGAUUAUUGGAGUACUAAGUCCCUGUAUCAUGGAUUGUGGGCCCGGGCCAUAAUGUCAAGGGAUAGGUUUAGUGCUCUGAUGGCCUUUUUGCAUGUUGUAGACCCAAAUACCGAAGACCCCGGAGAUAGGUUGCGGAAAGUAAAUGCGUUCAUCACCUAUUUCAAAUCCCGUUGCCUUAGUUUGUACCAGCCCAAACAGAAUCUUGCCAUUGAUGAACGUAUGGUUAAAUCUAGGCACAGAUCUGGCAUUAGACAGUAUAUCAGGGAUAAGCCCACUAAGUGGGGGUUGAAACUUUGGGUUUUAGCCGACAGCAGUAAUGGAUAUACUGUUGACUUCAAUGUGUAUAUUGGGAGGCACGCUGCAGAAACUGUUAGUAAUAAUGGUCUGGGGUAUGAUGUAGUUAUGGAACUAAUUCAACCUUUUCGCCAUCAGGGCUAUCAUUUGUUUUUUGAUAAUUUUUAUUCAUCAGUUGUUCUUUUCAGAGAUUUAUUUGAUGUCGGUGUGCUGGCAACUGGGACAAUAUCGGAGAACCGCAGACAAUUCCCAGUGAGCAUGAAGAAUGGAAAGCAGUGGGCAAAGAAAUUGGAAAGGGGAAGUAUGCGCUGGGAGAGGGUUCCUCCCUGCCUUUGUUUACAGUGGAUAGAUAACAAGGUUGUAUCAGUACUAACAACCCUAGAUAAUGCUAACGAUAAGGUUCCAACUGAAAGAAAGACUAAGACAGGUAAUGUAUGGACUAAUGUAAUAGUUGACCAACCCAUGGCCAUUGAUAGGUACAAUAAGUAUAUGAAUGGGGUUGAUCGUUCGGAUCAACUCAUAGGUACUAAUAAUGUUAUGCGUAAGUGCUUGCGAUGGUGGAAAACCUUGUUCUUCCAUCUCAUUGAUAUUGCUGUUGUAAAUGGUUUCAUUCUCUUUCAAGAACACCGAGCCAAUUUCCCAGACAGUGAGGAUUUACAAAGACCCCCGGGGUACACAGUCCGUAAUUUUAGGGAGGAGGUUAUCAGGCAAAUUUGUGGGUUCUCUGAGUAUGCUAACCCCCCUGUAGCUGUAAGGAGGCCAACUCUCCCUAUCCCCACCAGUGUGUUUGAUUCAAUUCAUGUGCCACAGUUUACAGAUUUUAGGAGACGGUGUGCAGUUUGUUACAAGCAGGGUAGAGGUGAGUUCAAGGUGCACACAUAUUGUAGUGCCCCACAGUGUGGUAAGUAUCUACAUGUAACUAGGGAGAGAAAUUGUUUUUUGGAAUGGCAUAAUAGUGCAUAUCAUGAAUAAUUAACAUAUACAUGAUCUAAUAUAAAUAAUGAUAUCAAAGAUUUUGUUAGUAUCCCACUCGAUUGAAUAACAGUUGAAGUAUUUUGUAGAUGGAAAUUAUUCAUGGUAAAUUUACAUACAUUCAUACAUUUAUUAGACCUAACCAGGAACAGCUACAAAAAAAUGCAACUAUAGGUCCAGGAGUGAAACUCGCGGCCCUGCGAUUCCAAUACAGCAGAAUCGAAGGGCCCCAGGGCCCCAGGUUUGAUUCCUGCCAGGGACCUGUAGUCGCAUUUUUUCACAGCUGUUCCUGCUUAGAUCUAAUAAAAGUAUAUAAAUUCACCCUCAAUAAUUUCCAUGUACAAAAUCCUUCAACUGUAAUAUAAAUAAUGAUAACAUAUACAAAAAAGGAAAAUAAACAAAAAAAAGUGGAUUAUAUAUAAGUGGGUGGUGUGUAGAGAUCCAGAUCCAAUAAGUGAGUGAUGUGUGGAGAUCCAGAAGCACAAAAUCAAAGUGCAGGAACAUAUAUAAUGUAUCAUGGACAAAAUAUUCUAUGCAUACUAAUAUUUUCCUGCAUACUUUUCAAAACAAGACACAUCUAUGUGUACUAUCGUUUUUACUACAUUUUGACGGUUUCGAGAAGGGUUAUUCAAACAGCCGUAACUUUUUUUCUUUUUAUUCCUUUUCAGCCAUACUUGCUGGACAUGUUGCUAAUAAAUAUGUACAACUUUGUGCAUUUAAAUUUUUACUAUACAUUGCAAUAUGUGGAACAUAGAUAAGUUCAUGUCUAACAUUUGAAGACACAUUUUAUAAUUUAUGCU